AUGGCAAAAAACUUGGACAUGAUAUUACAUUGGACAUUGCCCAUGGCUAUGAAGACUCGAGAUGAAGGAAAAGAAAAGGCACUCUGGGUGUUGCAAGGAGGUCCAGGAGCUUCUUCCACAGGCGUUGAAAGUCUGAUGAAUACGAUGUUCUUACAACUAGAAAGACAAGUCAGUGUGUAUACUUUUGACCACAGAGGAACGGGUAGAAGCGCUAGAUUGCAGUGUCUUGCAGCACAAGCAGGAGCAUUGGGCAGUCCAGGAGGAUCGGCCAUUCGGCUGGAUGAAUUGCCUGCAUGUAUGGACGAUAUACGCUUUCAGAUUGACAACCAGACAGCUGCUUUUUCUGUCACAAGCGCAGCGAAGGACUUGGCGGCCAUAAUUGACUAUGAGCUUAGUGACCAGGAUGUCUACGUGUAUGGUCUCAGUUAUGGCACCUACUUGACCGAGAGACUAAUGCACUUUCCUCCAUCAAGUGUGCGUGGUUUUUCAGUGGACGGCAUUGUUUCCGAAAGCGGAAAAUCGGUGGAAGAACGGUCUACGUUUUCGAAUUGGGACCGUGAUGUCGGCAUCGUGGGAGAUCGGUUCCUCGCUGCCUGUAUGGUAGAUGAAUUUUGCAAGAGUAAAUUCUCAAAUGUCACGGACCUUGCAGCGUUCGUACAUGAGUUGUACAAUAAACUUGAUGCUGCUGUGACCGAUGGCAGCAGUGGUACGAAGGCCUGUGCAGAGGUCUUGGCUAAGAACGGCAAUAAACCUUCUUACUUGCUGCGUUCUGCUUUCGGUGAAUAUCUCAUGUCGGACCGCAUGCGUAUCGCGAUCCCAGCUGUGAUAUACCGUGCAUCUCGCUGUACUGAUGAAGACGCCGAUGCUCUUGCUUAUUUUGCGGAAGGAUUCAUCGCUUCCAAAGACGACCGUGAAUUUGGUGAUCCUGAGCCAGAGGCUUUGCUUUUUGACUCGGACAUGCUUUACUACCUGAUUGUGUUUUCCGAGAUGUGGGAAACUCCCACACCAGAUAAGGCGACGCUUAUUAAUUGGUACGAAAACUCCACGAUGGCGUCGGACAAUUACCUAUCACUCCCCUACUACUGCAUAUUUACGGGCAGUCGAGAACAUGCAUGCCAGGAGCUGGUUCAUCUCCCUGUGGCUCGACCUUUGGUAUACGAGCGUGACCAAUAUUGGAACACAACACCUGAACUGCCUCAUGGUGUCACUGCAUUGCUUAUGACGGGUGGGAUGGAUCUGCAGACACGACGUAUGUAUGGCGAAUUAGAGUACGAAAUGAUGGCCGGUGAACGGAUGCUCGUGAAUUUUGACGAUGCUGGACAUUGCACGACUUUUACAACCCCAACGAGCGACGGUGGUGUGACCUGCGGCGUACGCAUUUUGACGUCUUACGUGAAAGAAAAUGGUGUGUUGAAGAACGUGGACACUAGCUGUAUGAACAAUCUCAACCCAAUGAAAUUUUUAGUAAACAGUGUUGAUGCCCAAGAAGUUUUCGGCACGAGCGAUUUGUAUGAGAAUGUGAAGACAGAUUGGUAA